AUUCGAUAAAUUGAAUUAUUGUAUUUUUGUUUGCAAAAUUUUUCUCAAUUAAGAAUUCAUAUCACCAAAAGAAAAGAAAUCUAAUUUGAGCAAUUAUUUUUUUUUAGAACCGGGCAGCGGUGAUUAUGAUAACCGUAUAGUGAAUACGGUAUUAUACGUUCAAUUCUCGCAUCAUUUUCAAUACAGUGUUGUUUUGACUUUUGAAUUUGAAAUUCCCAAAAAAUUUUUUUUUCGGGUUUCAAAUUUUUAUUUUUAUUAAAGAAACGAUCAAUUGAUCGAUCGAAUAAUGGCUUCCAAUGACGAUCAUAACAUCAUUCAACAUGACAACGAUAUUCAAUUUGAAUCACAAAAAUCAUCAACAUCAUUUGAUCAUAUUAUUUCAAUUAAUUUGAAUGAAAAAUCAUCAACAAUUAAUGAUGAUGUUAAUCAACAAACAGCCACAUUUACAGCUGCUGAACAGGUUCUUAUGCAGAUACAGAAUCCAUCCACAGAACUUGAAAUUACUAAUAAUAAUAAUAAUAAUAAUAAUAAUGAGGAUGGCGAUCAUAGUAUUGUUGAUAUUGUUGUUGUUCCUGAAACAAAUCAUUCAUCAACAGCAAAUGUUGAACCAAUAAAAAUGAUUGUUGAAAAUGUUGUUGAAAAUAUUUUAUCCAAACAAGAUGACGUUACCGAUAUAAAUAAUGAAAAUAUUUUGAUAAGAAAAUCAUCACGAAUACUUCGAUUACGAAAAACAGAUAAUAAUAAUGUUAAUAGAAUCAAUGAUGAAGAAUUUAUUAAUAAUGAUAAUGUCGAUGAUGAAGAUAAUGUAAAUAAUGAUCAAAAUAAACAAACAAAAAAACGUCGAACAAUCAAAUCGAAAAAUAAUGAUAAUGAUAGUGAUGAUGAAAACGAUAAUAUUGAUGAUGAUGAUGAUGAUUAUCAUGAAAAUGUUAAUGGUGGUGGUGAUGAUGAUGAUGAUGAAUUUCGUCCGCUUAAAAAACGUAAAAUUAUACGACGAAGUAAACAGACCGCUAAUAAAAUUACCACCGCCAAUACUAAUGCUACCAACAACACUACCGCUUCGACUAACACAAAAACAGGAUCAACAUCCAACGAAACAAAUCGUAUUCAACGAAUUCGUAUGGCAAAAGAUCGUGAAAUUGAACGUUUACAAAUGAUAUUAUACAAAUGUUAUAAACAUAAUAUGCUCAUUAACAAAUUGAAUCGAUUAUUAAUGAAAAUGAAUGGCUGUCUUAUGGAUAAAAUCUACAACACUAUGAACGCUAAUAAUAACGAUAGAAAUAAUGAAGAUGAUGAAUCAUUAUCAAUGAUAAGUGUAGGUAAAUCAUUAUUAACAUUAAUUCGUUCGAAACAGGAUUUACCAGAUAUGGAUAAUUUUAUUGCUCAAUAUGAUGAUCUAAUCAAACAAUAUGAUCAGUUAGAUCAAGAACGAAAAGAAAUCCUCGCCAAAAUUGAUGAUGAAAAUGUUGAACAAUCAUUAAUUGAUCAAACGAUUGGACCGUAUCUACGAAAACCGAAGAAAAAAUUUACAAUGUUUGAUAUGAUUGGUGUUGAUCGUCCUAUCGCGAAUAAAUCUACACCGAAAAAUAAUCGAAAUUCAGAAUCGACGAUAACGAAGAGAAAAAGACCCGCCAUCACAAAUUUUACUGAAAGUCAUGUUCCGAAAAAAGCCAAAUCAACAACAGGUGAUACGCCGUUACGUAACACAACAUUACGAACAAAAAAAUCAAAACGUAAAACCAAUAUACCGAUUAAUCAAGAAGAUUCUUCAGCUGAAAUAUUGGAUGGUGAUGAAAAAGCACAAAGUUAUCAUCCAUGUCCAUGGAUAAAUUGUACAUAUGAAAGUAAACGUGAAUGGGCAUUAAAUGAACAUAUAAAUCUAACCCAUACUGGAUUGAAACAAUUUGGCUGUAAAGUUGAUGGCUGUCCGAUGAUGUUUUUCAGUUCAUCUGAAUUAGAUAAUCAUAUGAAAAAAUGUCAUGUCGAAGCAGCAAGCAAAGAAUUUAUGCCCUGUACAUGGCCCGGUUGUAAUGCAUUAUUUAAAUCAAGAUUAGGUUUACGUGCACAUCUACAGGUGCAUAAAGGUGAAAAUCUUAUUCAAUGUGAUUGGCCUGGAUGUAAUUAUACAGCAAAAAAUAAACGACAACAUGAAAAUCAUUUACGUAAACAUACGGGUGAUCGACCAUUUUCAUGUGAUUAUCCGGGAUGUGAUUCAAAAUUUCGUACAAAUGAUUCAUUACGACAUCAUAAAAAAUCACAUUCCGAAUAUCGUCCAUUUCGUUGUGAUUGGCCUGGAUGUGAAGCAAAUUUUAAAACAAAUCGUGGUCUUACCAUACAUCGAGCUUUACAUACUGGUGAAAAAUUAUUCAAAUGUGAUUGGCCGGAUUGUGAAUUUGCAUCCGAACGUAAAUAUCAUGUUGAUCUACAUGUCUAUGAAAAUCAUACUCAUAUUAAACCAUAUCCAUGUUCAUGGAUGGGUUGUGAUGCUAGUUUUCUACGUAAUGAUAAACUACAGAAUCAUUUGAAAAUACAUCGUCAAGAAAAACCAUUCAAAUGUAUACAUCCAUCAUGUGAAAAACAUUUUGUUGAAAAAGGUAAUAUGAUGAAACAUUUUAAUAAUGUUCAUAAACGAUAAUAUUUUGUGAAAGAAAGCAUUUUGUUUUUUUUU